AUUUAUUUAAUAAUUGAAAUUUAAUUUAAUUAUUUGAUUUAAAGGGAAACAAUUAGGAAGCGGAGCUUUUGGAGUUGUCAUGAAAGCGGAAGCAGAAGGAAUUUGUGAGAAUGAACCAGUUACCACAGUAGCAGUAAAAAUGGUUCGUCGAACAACAGUUCCGACUUGUGUUCGUGCACUUGCUAGCGAGCUGAAAAUUAUGGUGCAUCUUGGUAAACACUUGAAUGUAGUCAAUCUUCUUGGUGCUUGUACGAAAAAUAUUUCCAAACGUGAAUUAUUAGUAAUCGUAGAAUAUUGCCGAUUUGGAAAUUUACACAAUUAUUUAUUACGACAUAGGACUGAUUUUAUCAACCAAAUAGAUCCAACAACUGGUAAAUUCGAUCCUAGUAUCGGUCAAGAUCUUUUAACCAGAUCCGUUAGUGUUAGCAGUAAUAAUAGGAUAAAAUACGUGGCAUUGUCAUUUUCUCGCAGUCUUAGUGAUAAUUCUGCCAUUGAAUCGACGAAUUAUCAAACUUCUGCAAUGGAUUCUCAAGGAGUUAGCAUGUCACCGGAUGGCGCUAUUCAAAGUAAUAAUUCGUCCCAAGGAUGGAGAUUUAAUUAUCGGGGUGAUUAUAAGGAUCAUAAUUUAAAACCGAUUUGUACGCAAGAUUUAUUAUCUUGGGCUUUUCAAGUAGCGCGUGGAAUGGAAUAUCUUAGCCAAAGAAAGGUAUUACACGGUGAUUUGGCUGCGAGAAAUAUUUUAUUGGCCGAAAAUAAUGUCGUAAAAAUCUGUGAUUUUGGUUUAGCAAAAACCAUGUACAAAGAUAAUAAUUAUAAAAAAAAAGGAGGUGGUCUAUUACCUAUAAAAUGGAUGGCUAUCGAGUCGAUUAGAGAUCGAAUUUUUUCAACACAAUCAGAUAUUUGGUCAUUUGGUAUAGUUUUAUGGGAAUUCUUUACAUUAGCUGAAACACCUUAUCCAGGAAUGGAAGCUGAAAAACAAUACCAAAAAUUAAUUGAAGGAUAUAGAUUGGAACAACCGGAAUAUGCUACUUCCGAAAUAUAUAACAUAAUGUAUCAAUGUUGGAUGGCUAAGCCUACUUUACGUCCGAGUUUCACGCAAUUAGUUAAAAAUAUUGGUGAUCUAUUAGAAGAAAGCGUAAAAACGCAUUAUAUCAGUUUAAAUGAUCCCUACAUGGAUAUGAACACAAUAAUGUUAGAAGGUGGGCGAAAUGAUUAUUUAACAAUGCUUUCUUCACCUGAUCAUACAACACUUUCCUCGCCCACUCAUGAUUAUUCAAACUUGCCUCCUUCAAAUUUGACUGAUUCAACGUACCUAUGUAUGAGUCCCAAUAGUCAGGGAUAUCAAUCAGAAAUAUUCAGCCCUAGACCAAAUCAAGAAGGUACUUGUUUUGAAUUUCCAUCGCCUACUUCUGACUCAGAAGACGCAAUAGAAAUAUCACCAAUGUUAAAAAAACAAGAGGAAGAAGAUCCUUAUUUAAAACCUAUCAAUGUACUUGCACGACGAGCAGAAUUCGUUCGACAGCGAGAAGCAAUGAAAAAUCAAACAAUAGAUCGACCAAUCAAUAGGGAUUUUGGAUAUUGCAAUACUUCACAAAAUGGUCAAUUAAUAAAUCUGAAUGAAAAGAAUAAGAAUGAUUCAAAAAAUUCUGAUGAUAAUGAAAAAUUAAAUAAUGGAAAUACAAUAUCAGAAAAAGAUUUUAUACCCACUAUCAUUAGGACACAAGAUAAUUAUGUAAACAUGCCUAAACAGAAGAGUGAUUUAAGGUUAGAAAUGCCAGCUGGUUUUAGUAAUCCUAGUUAUGUGGUGAUGGUUAAUCGUGAAACAGAUCAGAUGAAAGUUUAAGCAUGAACUAUGCAUGAACAAAAAUUGUUACAAUUGUUUUAAAAUAAUGAUUAACAAAUGGAAAAUAUCUAUUUCAGGGGUUUCAUGGAAUAACGUAUAGAUAUGGAUGGAAAAUAGAAAAAAAUGAAUACUAAAAAAAAAUCUUACUAUCAAUUUAUAAAUUCAGUUUUUAUGUGAGCAUGUGUGUUUUUGAAUGAUAAAUAGGAAAAAUUAAUUAUAUAAAUAAAUUUCAAAUAUCA